CCUAGCCGAAAUAUUUCCUCCACCUUGGCGUUUGAUCCAGCGAAUAGUUUUUGGUUACAACAAGAUGUUUUCAUAAUCUGCACAGUAUACUAAGCGGAUAAGGAACUAGACACCGGAAGACCCAGUAGUAUCCCAGUUCUUUCAUCGUAUUCCCUUCCGUUAGGCGUACUCCAUACUCGAAUCAAUGUCGUCUCCAAAUUUGUCACCGGCAGGAUUGGCCGGUCUUGGUGGCCCAGCGAAAAAGGCCGCGAAGAAGACCGAACGGAAAACGGCGGCAAACAAGAAGAAGUCUGACAAAUUGGGCUCACGUUCCGGUUCAUGGGCGGGAGGUCAUGCUACCGCGAGCGGGAUCAAACGAGGCGGAAAGAAGCGAAGUCAGAAAUCGCCUCACAGUGUGGUCAAACGACAUCGUCGCAGCCAAAGAGCACGAAGCCGCUCCGCUGCCAGCAAAGGCGAUGACAAGAAACUCUUAUCGCGCCGGACCGGAAAUAACAUUGUUGUUCGCUUCGACACACCGGUUCUCAAUUUGCGCAGUUUCUUCUAGAACUUGUGUGCUUCGUUUAUGUCUGCGUUUAACAAGCAGACCAUUUUCAAAGCUGGUUGAAUAUUACAACAACUUGUGCUUAUUAUUAAACGCGUUCGCCUGUAGAAA